AUGCUUUACUUUAAAUUGUUGUUAUUAUUUGCUAUCUCGGUAUUUGCCGAUUUCGAUUUGUUCAAAAGAGAUCAUGACGAUUGUAACGUUGCCAACAUUGAAGCUUGUCGUGAGGCAAACAAGAUGAAGUAUGUCAAUUGUGAAAUCUACGAUAACGAUAGUGACUACGAAUCAGACUCAGAGGAAGAAUACUAUGCUGAGAAACAAAAGGAUCGUUGUGUCUGCAAUUUACAAGAUGAAUACUACACCAAAGUGAGUGAAUGUGCCAAACAAUGUGGUAAUUCAUAUGAAUUGAAGCCUGAAUUUCUCAAGAGUAAAGCAUGUUCUCAAGCCCUGAGCAUCAAGCCAAGGUUUGCUGCCUAUGUUUCAUCAAGAGAUCAGACAGGAACACCAGCUUGGUCAGUGACAGCUAUUACACUGGCUGUACCAAGUACCGAAGCUAUGUCUUUGAAAUUUUCCAAGGCUGAAGCUUCCAUAAAACCCCUUGCUGACUCUAACAGUAUGUCUGCUAGAUCUGAAGGCUCUUCCAGUAGUUCUGCUGCCACAGCAUCUUCAAUGGAGGGCUCUUCUACUGCAAAAGCUGGUAUAACUGAGCCUGCUACAACCUCAACACAGAGCUCCUCUAAUUUUGCUGUUACCGUUGGCUGUGGGUCAUUGAUUUUGUUGAUCUUGUUAUCUUUAUUGUAG